AUGGGCAGCGGCAAAGGCGGCAGCUCUUGGGUCAGUAGGAGCAGUAGCAGCAAAUCUAUACGAGAAUGCCAUGAGGACAAGUGUCAUAAGCCGGUAGGGAAGUUUAAGCACAAGGGGUAUUCAGUCCACUGCGAUAAGCAUGCUUGUAAUUUCGGACCUGGGUGCAAGUUGAGCAAGCAUUCAAAGGAUAAGUUCUGCGCCGACCACUCUGUGUGUGCUUGGCUUAAAUGCGAUACAAAGGUGCUGGAUGUCGAAGGAGGCAAUUUUCUUUACUCUAAUAUUGGUCACCAGCCAUGGCUUUGCCGCGAUCACUCCUGUAAGGCAAAGGUCAAAGACAAGCAGUGCUACGAGCUACGCGAUAAGAACUCCCAAUAUUGUGAAGAGCACUCCAAAGAGUUCCAGUGCAAGAUGGCGAAAUGCGACUCCGACCGGGAUGGUUCUGAACGGUACUGCAAGAAACACCAUUGUGAAGUGGCCGACUGCCACCGUAAAACACUCAAAUUAGAGGAUCAUGAAAUGGCGGGUCGAGACAAGAAAAAGUGCUAUAGGCAUCAACACUGUGAAGCUUCGAGAGACUGCAAGAACUACUCUCUUUGGGAUCCCGACAAAACUCCAACGAGGCUCUGUGCGAACCACUACAAAUGCCAGUUCUUACACGACUGCAACGGCUUUGCCCAAGGAGAUUCAAGAUUCUGUACUGAGCAUGAGUGCGAUCAACAGGGCUGCCUGCAGCCUCGGGAUGCCCAUAACGGCCUGAUUAUGAGAUGGUGCCAUAUGCACUUAUGCUCCGCGCCUGGAUGCCCAGACUUUGCGAACGGACAUGGUCACGCCCACCCCCAGAAAUGCUUCCGACAUACUUGUCAAAGAGCAGACUGUUCAGAAAUCGUCCAGGACAGCCAUCCCAACUCUCAUUUUUGCCAAACUCAUGCCUGCGUUGACCCUUCAUGCUCUUAUGAGUCAACAAUCCCUGGUGGCUAUUGCUACGCCCAUGGAUGCAACACACCAGGCUGCCGUGCGCCCCGAGACCGCGGCUCUGCAUUCUUCCCCUCUCUUUGCAGACUCCAUGGGGAUGAGAGACAGGAACAAGAGAUGUACUAUUAUCAUACCGCUUCUCCUUCUCGAGCAACAUCUCGCUCAGGUAGCAGGACUAGUAGCCAUGACUCCCGGCGCAUUCCGAGGACAUUUCGCCACCAGCAAUACCAUUACCCAGCAUAUCAGGAUCCGUUUCAGGUCUCAGAAGCUGAUCGUCGAUAUGAAGCGUAUGAUAAUGCAGAUGAUUAUUACCGGAGGAUCCCAAGAUCCCGGUAUUACGAUUGA